UAAUUACUAGGUGAAAUGACAGCCCGAAAGAUGAGGAAGAAGAGUGAUUAUCAACACCUUCGUUCCUUCAAAGAAGAAGUUGAGGUUUUGAGGAACCUUCAUCCUGAGGCGGAUCUCAUUAAGGAUGAUGAGAUGCUGAAUUCUGGUCUUAGAGAAUGGAGACGGGAAGCUGAAUUGGCACUAAACAUCAAUGAAGGUCAUCUGGGUGGUCUAAUGAAGGAGGCAUUGAGUGUUGCUUGCCUCAGCAAGAGGUGUUUCCUGUGGGCCAUGUCCAUUAUGGAGGCGUAUAAGGAGUGGAAGCUUAAACGACAGACCAACAACAAGGUGAACAGGAUGCUGUUUGUUCAGCUUCCUGGGAUGAAGAAUGAAGAGGUCCUCUUCAAUCUACUUCGUCAAUUCAGGGGCGGGGAACUCACCAAGAACGAAUUCAAUGAGAAGAUGAAAGAGCAAAAGUCUUUGGCUGUUCCAAGCAACAAAAGGCGACCAACCAAGGGCGAUCCUGGGCCUCUUAAAAAGAAAAUAGCAGACCUUGAGAGCAGGAAUUCCAUGCUGCAGAAACAAGUCAUCGACUUAAAGAAGAAACUCAUGGAAACAACAAAGACAGAUGCUGUUGAUGUUUAUGCCUUUGAAAGUGAUGAUGCAAGUGAUGACAUAGAGGUUGCUGCUGUACUGCCUCCUUUGCAAGAAAACAGAGAGGAAUCCAGCUCUGAAGGAGAUUCAGAUGACAGCCUCUCCGUGUUGAUACCAACUAUCAACUACAUGAGGACGCCUGCUCUAGUGACCAGUAAUGCUAAGGAUGACCACACUGUGAUAGGUGAUGAUGAUGAUGAUGAUGAUGAUGAUGAUGAUGAAGGCGCAGAGUCUAAUGAGGAAGCUCUUCUACAGACAUUCGUAGACUUAGAAGAAGACACCACAACAGAGUUUUCAGAGCUUAAAGCUGGGGACCUUGUCCUUGCAAAAGAUGAAGAUGAAUGGUUCAAAGCCACUGUGAUCGUGUGUGAGGCACAGAAGUACAAAGUCCACUACUUUGGUUAUGGGGCCCAUUUCGACAAAUGGGUCUCAAAAGAAGAGGUCAAACUGUACUGUUUUGCUGUUGGAGAGAAGCUAAAAGCACGGUGGGAGGAUGGAUUCUUCUACAAAGGGGAAGUCCAGAGUGUUAACGGAAGAGAAGUAACCGUGCUGUUUGAUGAUGGUGAUGUGGGGAAAGCAACAUGUCUGAAGUUCUGCUGAGCAUCAUCGCUGUUUUCCUCAGUCAUCCCAUGGCCAUUUCAUCAUGUUUAAAGCAAAAUAACAAGAAAUACUUAAAGUUGUCUUUAUAUUGUUAUGUAAAUAUAAAUGAUAUCUGUUACUGUACAAUAAAUAUUUAUGCUUCUUUAUUUUGUUGUUUUCAUUUUUAGAGCUUAGUCUUUGGUGAAAAGAGCACUGAGGUACUCUGUAUGCAAUCGUAAUUUUAUUGACAUUCAAAAAAAUUAAUACAGCUUAUGUACACGCCUUAUCCAUUAGUGUCACCGUAGCCUGUGAGGCUGUGUGUGAGUUGGGGGGAGGGGUCUUAAAACUUCUUAUAUCGUAUAUUUAGUGAUUGAGCUGGUGAUAACAGCAGACUUUAUUAGGUUUUAAUGAAAAUUCAGAGUAGAGUAAGCAUACUUAUUCACAAAGGGCAUAUCCAUUUGGCAAGACACUGCCCUCCAUAGAUCAUAUUGAUCGGGAUCGUAAUUCCUCUAAUUGUAACACCAAAAUGGACGUACGAAAAGCAAAUCAUUGGUUCAAAGUGAGAAAUCAGCUUGAAAAGUAUGGAUUAGUUCAGGUUAAAUCAGUGUUAUUAGACGAGAGACUUAAACUUGUUCAAUACACUUAUAAAUAUGUAUAAAAGUACUGGCUGCAUUACUUGUAAUGGAAUAUUUGAACAAUUGACAGGAAGGGUCACUGGCACUGGAAGUAAAUGUAAAGUAUGCAAUUAUGUAAAAAAAAAAAAAAGACUUUAUACAUGCGCAUACUAUAUAUUUACAUUCAGUUUUAGUGCCUGUGGACAGGGUAAACACAUUAUUCAGUUGCCAUUUUGCUAGAAGUGAAAUGCAUUUUAGUAUUUAAUAUGAUUCUGAAAAAUAGCAAGAGAGAACACUUUGAAGAACUGAAUGUUUGUAAAAAAUGUUUCGCCCUGCUCCACCAAAUAUUCGGAAUAUUUAUAAAUCAACAGGACAAAACUUGGUUUAUUAUGUCUCGACCAUUUUUACCAUAACAAAACUUGACCUAUAUAUUCAUAUGAUAGAUAUAACAAAUUUCAUUUCAAUGUUUACAACCACUGCAAAGAAAAUGAAUGGCAACUGAUGGUGGACAGACAAUCAUCAAUAGCAAGACAAUAUGCCUUAUUGGGGGGUAAAAAACAAAAAAUGGUAAUGAAAAAAAAAUAUACUUUGAGAAUACUACAUGUAUACUACAUGUUACAUUCUUCGGCACUAGAAAUAAAACACAACUCUUAACAGUGCUUAAGGUUACUUAUUGUGUUAAUUUCAGAUUUGUUAUAUAUUUAAUAGGCUGGUGGGAUAAUUUCUCCCAUCACAUGCCAAAAAUAUGGGAUAAAUCCUAUAUGGACAUCAAUUAGUGGGAUAUUUUGUCCCGUGGGAGAAAUAAUCCCAUUUUAUCAAAAAUCAUGGGAUUUUUUUUCCCAUGUGGGAGAAAUUAUCCCACAGUACUUUUUCUCCCAUGGGAUUUUGGUGGGAUUUUUGGUGGGAUGAAAAAUCCCGCCAUUCUCCCGUGGGAUUUUAGGUUUUGACUGAGGUUUCUGAGAAAACUACUACAAUGUGUAAGUUGAGAUUGACAUGAUGAGGUCAGAAUAAAAAAUCCCACCAAAAUAUAGAAAAAAAUCUAAUGUAGGUCUUUUCGAAAGGGUACCUAAAAGUCCGGACUUUGUCGUGU